GAGAAAGAGAGACGCUGCACUGUGUCUUUAAGCUCCAGUAAAAUCCAUCGGGCUGCUGCUGCUGUUUGCUGGUGCUGCUGCUGGUGGUGCUGGUGGAGGGGAGUAGUCGCGCAGCCUCCGGGAUCAUUGUGUUUGUGCGCUCAUUGCAUCGGACGGACCUGCGCUGUGAUACCGCGGCGGACUGGGUUGUGCUGUUUUCCCCCCCGGAGCAGGAUGGUUCUUGUUUCUGCACUCGAGGCGAAUGGGGUUUAGAGUAAAAUGCUUGAAACAAUGAGGAGCCACUGGUUGGUUUUGGUCACAUAUUUUAUUCUGCUGCCGCUGACAGCAUGGUGCGAGCCGGUCAUCUCCCCGAGCGGGCCCCACAUAGUGGUUCCCAAGAAGGGCAAGCUGGAGCUGCGUUGCUAUGACAAUUCCACGUCGUUUGGCACCCCGUCCAGGUUGAGGUGGCAGAAGGAGAAGGCUCGCCGGUUCGACAAAGAGGUGGAGGAGGGCGGGGUGGCCUAUGUGAAGGUGUCAGCAGCGCAGGCCUACCACAUGGGUCGCUACGUGUGUGUCAACAACAGUACGCUGGAACACAGCUCCAUCUACGUUUAUGUGAAAGACCCACACAACGUUUUCCAGCGCACCAUAGUGAACGACAUCCUGGUGCGAGCUAACGAGAACUGCAUCAUUCCCUGCCUUGUGACGGACCCCGAGGUCACCGGCCUCGCUCUGGAGACCUGCGACGGGAGACCUUUGCCCUCUGGUAUGAGCUAUCACAGCAACCUCCAGCGAGGCGUCAUCAUCAACAGCACGAGGAAGGAGUACGAGGGCUGUUACGUGUGCGUGGGGCGGCUCGGUGGAGCCAAGGUGACGUCGAGCCAAUACACCGUGGACGUUCGACUCGUGCCAGAAAUGACUCCAGUGAUCACACUGUCCCAAAAAGACACCGUCAUCCUGAGGAAAGGAGAGCAGUUUAGGCUUACUUGUACCUCCUCCAACAUCAACCCGGACUUCGGUCUUAAGUGGGAGUUCCCUGCCGGAGCGCAUCCUGUUGAAAACCAGACCUCACGCAUCCUUUCCGCCUCCGGCGGCUACCAACGCGGCAAGUCGCUCUUGAUCGCAGCCGUCAACCAAUCAGACUCGGGCAUUUACCGGUGCCACGGCCGCAAUGUGAGAGGCAGCAGCUAUGCGCAGGUGCAGCUGGAUGUUUACGAUAAGGGCUUCGUUACCAUUUUGGGAAGUCCAGGUCCAAUCCAGGCAAAUGUUAAAGAGGGCGAGAGCCUGAGCCUCAAAGUCGAAUUCAGAGCCUAUCCUGCACCGAUCAUGUCAUGGUCUUACUAUGGCAAGCGUCUCCUCAACACCACAGAGCACGUUAUCACUGUCCACCGCCACAAAUACAGGUACAACAGUGAGCUGAGGUUAGUGAGGGUUCUCGGCUCCGAGGGCGGGAUCUAUAAGUUCUCAGCCAGUCAUGAAGAUGCAUCAGUUGAUGUUUCCUUUCACGUAUAUGUCAACAGUAAACCAGUCAUCAUUGCCCAGGAAGGACCUGUUGAUGGACAGGUACGGUGCAUCGCUGCAGGAUACCCAGUCCCUAAAAUCAGCUGGUACUUCUGUGAGCUGCCCCACACAAGGUGCUCACACCUGCCCAAUGCCACUCAAUGGGAGACCCCGGAGGUCGCCAUGCUGACAGAGUCCACCUUUGGCAGGAGUGAGGUGGAGAGCCGUCUGAACGUCAGCAAAGAGCACGCCCACUACCACACCGUGGAGUGUGUGGCCUCCACGGAGGAGGCAGAGGCCUACACGCUGUUCUCCAUCAGUGAGCGCCUCGUCCCCCAUAAGCUCUUCACGCCUCUUCUAACGGGAAUGGUGGCUACUGGCAUCUUGCUCAGCCUCAUUCUAGUGGUGCUGCUCUAUAAGUACAUGCAGAAACCCAAGUUCCAAAUCCAGUGGAAGGUCAUUGAGAGUAUCCAUGGAAACAACUACAUAUAUAUUGACCCCACGCAGCUGCCGUACGACUCCAAGUGGGAGUUUCCGAGGCAAAAGCUACGCUUCGGUAAAACCUUGGGCUCCGGGGCCUUUGGAAAAGUAGUUAGGGCCACGGCGUACGGACUGUGCUCUGCAGAUACUGUUACAACCGUCGCUGUAAAGAUGCUGAAACCCAACGCUCAUUCCACGGAGAAGGAGGCGCUGAUGUCGGAGCUGAAGGUUCUCAGUUACCUUGGAAACCACGUGAACAUUGUGAACCUGCUGGGAGCGUGCACCAUCGGGGGUCCAAUUUUGGUGAUCACCGAGUACUGUUGCUAUGGCGACCUCCUCAACUUCCUUCGGAGGAAAAGAGAGUCCUUCCUAAACUCCCAGGUUGGGGAUGGUUACUAUCGCAACGUCUUGAACCAGACGGAGCCGACAAGAGAGGUAACUGGCACUGGAUAUAUACCCAUGCGUCCCUCUGAGAAAGAAAGGUCUUCCCAGUCAGACGACAUACAUGAGCUGUCUCUGGACGCCGAGGACCUCCUCAGCUUCUCCUACCAGGUGGCCAAAGGGAUGGAGUACAUUACCUCCAAGAACUGUAUCCACAGGGAUCUUGCAGCCAGAAACAUUCUGCUGACUCACGGCAGGGUGGCGAAGAUCUGUGACUUCGGCUUGGCUCGGGACAUCACCACCGACGCCAGCUAUGUGCUCCGAGGAAACGCUCGUCUGCCGGUCAAGUGGAUGUCCCCCGAGAGUAUUUUCGACUGUGUCUACACAUUCGAGAGUGACGUGUGGUCCUACGGCAUCCUGCUCUGGGAAAUCUUCUCUCUGGGUAACAGCCCGUACCCUGGGAUGCAGGUAGGAGCCGCAUUUUACAGGAUGAUCCAAGAAGGCCACAGGAUGAGCAGGCCUGAGUUUGCUCCCAUUGAGAUGUAUGACAUGAUGCUGUCCUGCUGGAGCCACGAUCCACUCAAAAGGCCUUCCUUCAGAAAACUGGUGGAGAGGACUGAACUCCUACUGUCAGAAAAUACCAAGAAUGUGUACCUGACGCUGAGCAACACUCCAGGUCCCCCGGAGCAGCAGAGGGCGCCAUCCCGGAGGCUGAGCUCAGUCUGCAGCACAACAGCCCCCACCCAGCCUUUACUGCAGAGCGCCACUGAUGUCUUCCAGGAAUACGUCUGACACACACACACACACACACACACACACACACAUAUAAAGACACUGCUGCGACACAUAUACAACCAUGCAAACUUCACCACUAAGAACAACAACAACAACAACACAUCCUUUCAAACUGACAGUCAGACACUGGCCUUCUCGUGAAACACACACAUAAACAGAUACUGUACAUAUAUACAAGGCAUCUACUCUUACCAUUGGUGUAUUGAUCUCUGCGGUAUGUGUAUUCCAGGUGCACGUCCAUUUAAAGCAGACUAACUGGUCAUCAGAUACAAUAUCACCCAUCAGCCUUAGAGUAGAUCUUAAGAUGCUUUGAGGAAAACAAAAAAGCUCAUGUACAUACCUGACCAGGGACGAGCAGAGCUGCAGCUGCUGUGAUGAUGACGAGACAUCAAGACGACUUUGCAUCCGAUUUUUUUUUUUAUCCCCCCCAGACUGUUUCUGAUGUUUUGGGAAAACACAAGUUUCUUGCAGAGAGUCGGAUUGGAAAUUUGAUGCCAUCCUCAUGUCUGUGUGUAAAAUAUUGGGGUAAACAGAUUAGUUUAGCUCAGCUUAGCCUUUUUAGUUUAGCUCGCGUAAAGACUGGAGAAGCUGUACAUUAAAGCUAGUCUGGUUCUGUACAGAGGCAACAAAAUCAGGAUACCAGCAUUUCUAAACAUAAAUUCUUCAAUCAUCAACAUAUUUUGUCUAAUUUCUUUUUUUAAUCCUUGCAAUACCAAAAAAAAAAAAAAAGGAAAAGCAGUAAGUUGUAUAAGGUAUGUGUAAAGAUAACUUCUUUUACUCAUAAUAAAUGCUAAAUGUUGAUAGUUUCCAGGUACAAUCAAUAAUACAUAACACAAGAUUUCUAUUUUACAAUGUGCUGAUGACUGUACAUGAGCUAUCACAUCCACCUCAGGCUUGGCAUUACUUUUCUUAUCUACCUCCGCAAGAGUGUUUCCCCAAAAUGUCAAAUCCCCGUCGCGGUCACAGGAUUUAGUGUUUAGUGUUUGUCAUCUAGUCUACCUUAAACCUUAUCUCUUAACAGGCCUUGGCCCAGCGUGGCAUGCAAGCAGUAAUUUCUGAUGAGAGAGGAAAUAAAAAAGAAAAAAAAAAGAGAAAAAAAAAAGCCAUAAAACUACACAAACACUGAUUUCCGACCUGUGCAAGUUGUCGAUUUGAAUACUGUGACUUAUUUAAAACACAAGCUGGCGUUAUUGCUGUAUGUACUUCAUGGAUAAUUUUGUUGUCGUUGGCAAAGCCGCUGCGACCGGAGCUUUAGGACUGACUGUGUGCUUUAUGCUUUGAGUUAUGUCGAACAUGUAUGCAAUGUAAAUACAAUAGAGAUGUGCCUUUAGAUUUUUUUUUUUUUUUUUUAGUUUUGUUUGUGACUGUUAUUGGUGCGAGUGCGGGAGAGAGGAGAGAUGCACUUCUGAUUUGAGGUUCUUGCAGUUUUGAUACCGUUGGUUGACUUGUAAUAAAUAAAGAAAGUACCUGUGAUGGUAGAACCGAA